AUGAAUGCACAUUUAUGGAAUUUCCUCCCAAUGCCUGAAGGUGCUUAUAUAAAGCAGAGUGAAUUCACAGCCUGCACUCUUGGAGGAACCUGAAGAGAGUGAAACCUGACACCAACAUGCAGUACCAGUGGGCUGAAGAUGACUUUGACAUGCCCGAGGGUGUGGGUCGCCUGGGCCUCUCCGAGCCAGUUAGUGGUGGAAAGUAUGUCAUGUACCAUGGCACCACCAAGAAGACAGCUCAAUUAAUCCUGGCCAAUGGUUUUAAACAGUCUGCAAACGGGAUGCUCGGCCCUGGCGUCUACCUCAGCAGAGACCUGCAGAAAGCUAGCCGCUAUCCCAUUGAUCACCCUGAGUCUGACAGGAUCGUCAUAAAGGUUACGGUCAACGUGGGGAAAGUGAUCGCCAUCAAUUAUCAAGGCCACCCACGUCAGAAAACCUGGCAUGACAGCAGAUACGGCCAGGUGUAUGACACCGCCUGGGUACCACCCAAGUGUGGAAUGGUGAAGAGCGGUUUGGAAGAGGAUUGUGUCUGGGAUCCCAAUCGGAUCAAGAUUCUUAAAACAAUCCAACCACGCCAAGUCCAGUCCUGCGGUGGACAUGGUGCACGGGGCUACAUUGAACCUGACACCAACAUGCAGUACCAGUGGGCUGAAGAUGACUUUGACGUGCCCGGGGGUGUGGUUUGCCUGGGCCUCUCCGAGCCAGUUAGUGGUAGAAAGUAUGUCAUGUACCAUGGCACCACCAAGAAGGCAGCUCAAUUAAUCUGUGCCAAUGGUUUUAAACAGUCUGCAAACGGGAUGCUCGGCCCUGGCGUCUACCUCAGCAGAGACCUGCAGAAAGCUAGCCGCUAUCCCAUUGAUCACCCUGAGUCUGACAGGAUCGUCAUAAAGGUUACAGUCAAUGUGGGGAAAGUGAUCGCCAUCAAUCAUCAAGACCACCCAUAUCGGAAGACCUGGCAUCACUACGGCUAUGACACCGCCUGGGUACCACCCAACUGUGGAAUGGUGAAGAGCGGUUUGGAAGAGGAUUGUGUCUGGGAUCCCAAUCGGAUCCAGAUUCUUAAAACAAUCCAACCACGCCCAGUCUCAACCUGGGUUCCACUGGGCCUCGCUGCACCAGUUAAUAAUGAAUGGUAUGUCAUGUACCAUGGCACCACCAGCCAUAAUGCUCAAUUAAUCCUGACCACUGGUUUCAAGCAGUCUGAGAAGGGGAUGCUCGGCCCUGGCGUUUACCUCAGCAGAGACCUGCAGAAAGCCAGCGCCUAUCCUAAACGUCACCCUAUAUCUGACAAGGUUGUCAUUAAGGUUAUGGUCAAUGUGGGGAAAGUGAUCACCAUCAAUUAUCAAGGCCACCCAUAUCAGAAGACUUGGCAUCACUACGGCUAUGACACCGCCUGGGUACCACCCAUGUGUGGAAUGGUGCAGAGCGGUUUGGAAGAGGAUUGUGUCUGGGAUCCCAAUCGAAUCCAGAUCCUUAAAACCAUCAACCCACACCUAGUGCAAUGCCCAUUUCAACCUUAUGGUGGAGAUGGUGCAUUUGGCUACAUGUGAGCUCUAUGAGACGUUAUCAAGUUAUUUUGUAUGCUCAAAUUUAUUUUUAUAUAUUUGGGCAUAUUACAUUUGUAUGUGGUUACUGUGUCAUUGUACCCUGGAAAAUAAAUGGUUGAUUUUAAAUCUGAA